AGUGUGAAAUAUCGCGCCCAAGUGUUACGAGCACGGCCACGCGGACCACGGGACCGAACAAGUCGCUCCGGAAGGAAUACGCCCGCUGGCCGACGCGCUCUCUCCUCCGUCCUUCUCGCGCGCGACCGCCCUGCCGGUGUUUCUUCCUUUCUCACGUUCCUCUCGUUUCUCUCCUUUUCUUUCUCUCCCCUUCGGCAACCGGGCAAUCGUUAAUUCGAUCGCGCCGGCUGGAUCGAUGCCGAUCGCGGCCAGUUUCCACCCCCUUCCGUUCCGCGCUCGCUUGUUGCUUCCUCUUCGGGGUCGGGGAGCAGCCUCUAAACUGUGAAGUGAUCGGAAGUUCCGAUUGAUUGCUGAAGUUUGCUGAACCAUUGUUUCGCGUGAUCCUCUUGAUCGCGGAAUUCUGGAUUGUGGAUGUUGACCGAUGUAUGUUGGGCAGUCUGUUGUGGUUCUUGGUUCCUUGGAUCUUCGGAGCUCAGAGAUUAAGUUUUGAGGUGCGAGAGGAUCGAGAUCGGUUUCGGUUGGUGAUAGAGGGUAAGAGGAUAACGAGGUACUGGGUGGACGGUUCGUGCGCGAGAGGAAGAAGGAAAGUGUUAAUCAUCGUGAGCACAGGAUAAUUGCCAGGCGAAGGUCGUGGAAUCGCUAAGUUUCAACCCCUUCUUUCUUGCUCGCUCUGAAACUGAGGAUAAGGACUUCCAUCGGUGAAGUGCCUGGGAACUAUCUGUGAAACAGAGGAAAAAGAUUCGAUAGAAUAUUGUAACGUUUCUUUUAAAGAGACACUUCAGAUUUUCUACUGUGAAAGAAUCAUUCAAGGGAUCUUGAGAUUCAUCUUAGUAUCUUCUUAGAGGUUCUUCUACGCGACGGAAGAUUGUACUAUCGAUAGAAGUGAUCGAGGACGUGCAUGAGAACCUCCUCCGAGUUGCAGCUCGGUUGCAGAGGUAGAAGACACGCAAGGAUAGAAUCAGAGGACAAAGAAGAUGCAGCAGCCAGCGAACAACCCUGGUUCACCGGCGCGUUCUUCCUGUUGCGAAAGAGAUCGGGACAGGGAGGUCCACGAGGACCGGGACAGGGAACACGGCAGCGCUAGGAGUAGAUCAACGCCAGAAGGAGAUCACGAGGAACAGAACGACGAGAGGACAGUGGUUUCCGGGCAGAACCUCAGCAGCAUGGCGAUCACCGGAAGCCAGAGCCUGCCUCUUUCUUUGUCCCUCGAGGAUCGGGAUCUGUGGACCAAGUUUCAGUGCCUCACCAACGAAAUGAUCGUUACCAAAAAUGGCAGACGAAUGUUUCCGGUGGUCAAGGUGGUCGCGCGUGGACUGGAACCGAAAGCGAUGUACACUUUGCUCCUUGAGUUCGUCCAAGUGGAUCCACACAGAUGGAAGUACGUGAAUGGUGAAUGGGUGCCUGGUGGAAAAGCGGAAGUCGCUCCGCCGAAUCCGAUAUACAUACACCCAGAGAGCCCAAAUUUCGGAUCCCACUGGAUGAAGGAGGCAGUGUCGUUCGCCAAAGUGAAGUUGACGAACAAAUCCAACGGAAAUGGGCAGAUAAUGCUGAACUCGUUGCACAAGUAUGAACCUCGAGUUCAUCUGGUUCGUGUGGACGCUGUGGAACAAAGAACGGUACUCACUUAUCGUUAUCCUGAGACCCAGUUCAUAGCGGUGACAGCAUACCAAAAUGAAGAGGUGACGAAUUUGAAGAUUAAGUACAAUCCCUUUGCAAAAGCGUUCCUCGAUGCUAAGGAACGUCCUGCUGAUCCACAAACAUAUCCACAAUACACAGGCGCUUGGUUUUUGCCACAGUCUACUAUGGGAUACGAAUAUAACACGGCAAUUGCGGCCGCACAAAAUCAAGCGUCGGUGACGGUCAAUAAUCAUCUCUCUAAUUCCUGCACCGUUUCUACAGCUGGUCACAGAAAUACAUGCAGAUCUGCACCUUACACUCUGAGACACAAGUACAUACAAGAUGAACAACGUACAGAUCCAUACAGUCCAGUACAGCUUCUACAUUCCACAGCGUAUGUAACAGCAUCAGGAUGGUCACCGCGUAGUCCAGAAUCUCUACAGAAUUUAAGUCCAGCUUGUUUACCACCUGCUCAAGAAUGGCCCACGUCUCCUUCACCAUCACCAACUUCAUCCUCACAUGCAAUAUUCAGUAGAGGAGUUGUUGGUACAUCAUCACCAACUACAGCCACAGGAUGUGCUCUGUACGUGCCAUCAAAUCUACCUUCGGUCCCUCAAGAACAUGGUCACUGUACUGAUGCCUCAGCCUGGAUACAUCCCAGCACCCUCUCAGAACAACAGCAGCAACAACAACAACCUUAUUUAAACUUGAAUCUACAUUUGCACCACCAAAUGUCAUCGUACACUUCGGUUCCACACAGCAAUCUUCAUCAUUCUUUACAUCCAAAUGGCACAGACACAGUUCCUCCGGUUGACGAGUACGUCCACGAGUAUCAAGCGUCUCCUGUUCAAUCCACAACACCUGACCAUCAUCCUCAACAUCAUCAUCCUCAAAUGUUACACUUACAACCGAUUCAACAGACUGGAACGGUAUCUCCUGUCAGUGUAGAAUAUGACACUCCUCCAAAAGAACAUCAUAUACCAGUGAGUUAUUCUGAUCAGAAUACGGAUACAUUAAAUGAUGUGCAGCCUGACGAGAAUCGAAGAUAUUUGACAACGGUCAUUGACAGACAUCAUCGACCAGAAUCAGACAUUGCGGCUAAUGACCAUCAAACAACCGCUUGGACACCGUUGACUCCGCCACCAGCUCCACAAACAACAGCAAUUUGAUUUAAGCAUGUGAUACAGUUAGUUUUAAUUAUACUGAAUUGUUGCUACUUCAUGAUUUCUACACUUAUUCUGAUAGCUAGAUGAUUAGAUAAAUAUGAAACGAAGAACUACCGUAAGUAUGAAGAUGUGUCCACAUAGGUGCAAUAUGAAAAUAAAUAUUUAAAAUUGAAUGGUUCGUAACAAAAAUUAAGCCCAAAAAGUUGAAAGAAAGUUAAAAUCGUCGAGCUCGUUAAAUUCCAAGAAUACACGAAAUGUUUCUGAGAAAAAAUAAAAAUUUGUUGAUAACCACUGUCUUUGUUACAAACCUUUCAAUUAUUGAUCAAUUAAAAGAUGCGCGUUAACGUUUGUAUCAAGAUUAAUCAAACAGAUUGCUGAUUUCGCUUAGCAAGCUGUUGAAAUACAUAACUGAAGUAUUUCAUAAUCGUUAAAUUGAUAUCAAUUCAAUUUCGAUUUCCAAGAAAUCAAAUCCGUCCUAAGAUAGUGUCUUAAUACUUUUAAAUGAUAUGUA